CUCCACGUAUAGUUAUGAGGCGGCAGUCGAGUCCACAACUCUGCCUGCUAGUAUUACUAAAUGUGUCCUUUGGAAAUUGAUAUAAACUCCUACCUUCUAGAUUACAGGCAUUCGUUAUCGCUCCGUGCUUGGUAGCGUACCUCAAAUCGAUCGAGCUUGGUCCGACCAUCGGCGCGAUACAGGAUUGAAUGACCUGACACAAUCAUCUUAGACAUCCCCAGCCAUUCCAUAUCACAUCAUGGCUGAAUACCAUGUGAACUCCUUUCGGAUCCUGGGAGACAUCGCCCACGCAUUGUCCAAGAUCAUCUUGAUAGGGACCAUCCACUGGAAUCGAAGCGCUGAAGGUGUUUCCUUGAUCACACAACUGCUAUACCUCCUCGUGUUCUGCACGCGAUAUCUUGACAUAUUUUGGACUCCGGUAAAUGAUGGGAUGCUCAUCUAUCUCUUCGUCUUCAAGGUCGCCUACAUCGUGUCCUCGGCAUACAUCGUGUUUCUGAUGUGGUCGAUCUUUCCACGGACGAGAGAGCGGGAAAAGGCAUGGAGGUUCGGAGCUUAUGGACUAGGCGCCGCCCUGAUCGGCUGCGUCCCUGUCCUUAUCAUUUUUGAAAAUAUAGGGGCUUUGUCUCCUCUGGAAGUUCUUUGGGUGUUCAGUAUCAUCCUCGAGUCGUUGUGUAUUCUUCCCCAACUCCUCCUCCUUCGCGAGACGACGGUACCGACUGUCAUCGAUUCCUUGUACCUCCUAACACUUGGCUCAUACCGAGCCUUCUACAUUCUGAACUGGAUAUAUCGCGGCGCGACCGAACAUGUUUUCGAUCCUGUCGCCGCAAUAUUCGGCGUGAUACAAACCGCGUUUUACGUGGAUUUUGCAUGGGUAUACUACAGCCGGCAACGGGUCAAGCUCCGAGGAGGCGGCGUGGUCGACUCGGACGAUUUCAGCCGUGGGUGGCUGGUUGGGGGUAUUCUGGGUAGAAAGCACUUGGAUGAUAACGAUGCAGAUGAUGGAGAGGCCGACCAUGCACGACCCGCCCAGAAAAACACUCGUUGGGGCGGCCGAGGGAUCUCCAUUUCCGCUGAUGAUACCGUACGAGACAUCGAAAGAGGGAGCGACGACGGCGCUCGGAUGCCACUUACAGACCCAAGCGCAUUUGAGGACGACAGUGAUGACGAGGCGCCGCCUCCGAAUGCAAAACAUCGCCCGGAGAGACUGGAAGAUGGUGAUGAAUGGCGGGAUGAUUAGAUAUGGAUAGCUAUUUACAAUCCAUCCUUUCAUUUAGUCUUUCGAUACCGUUGGAUCCCAUGCGCAGGGCGAAUAUUCUCCCGUGUCCAGUGACUCCAUGUCUUCCGCAGACAACUGGAAGUCAUACAACUUAAUAUUUUCCUCAAUUCGAGACUUCGUUACCGACUUCGGGAGUGGCACGAACCCCAUCUGGAGACUCCAUCGAAGUAAGAUCUGUGCCGGUGUCUUCCCGUGUUUCUUAGCCAGCUGAAUAAGGACUGGCUCUUUCUCCCUCUCCAUACGGACUACGGGUGAGUAUGCCUAUCGAUGGUCAAUGCUGUCCCAAGGUCAAUCGUGAUGAUUGCUGACCUCCAUUAUCACCCCUCGUUUCUUGCACCACUCAACAAUAUCCGGUCGCGCGAGCCACGGAUGGAGUUCGACUUGGUUGACACUCAACACACCGCCCUUGCCUUUUCCUUCUGCGGCCUCGGUCUGUCUGA